AAAUCUUGCAAUUCGCGCUUCUCAGUAUUGUAUAUGCAGUUGUAUAUGUUGAUAUCUGUCAUUGCGUUUAAGGUUAGCUGUCUAAUCGCGGAAUCCAACGUUCUUGAUAUUUCCGAUAAGAAGCCGCGAGAAAAAUGACAUCCUGCUUUGAAAGCAUGCAAAUUCCGUCCUGCGUUUGGUUCGAGGGCGGCGAGAAGAGAAAUGCGCUUGUUUCUAUGCUCGCAGGAACACUGUUUUUCGUAGGAUGGUGGUUUAUAAUAGACGCGCAUGCAAAAUAUCCAAAUGAAAUGUCAAAUGCGUAUCAUGUAUGCGGAGUGUUUGGUACCAUAUCACUUUUUAUGGUCAAUUCAGUGACAAAUGCACAGAUAAGAGGAGAAGCUUAUAACGGUGGUUGUUUAGGGGCAAGAGGUGCAAGAAGUUGGUUAUUUAUUGGAUUUGUUAUGGGAUUUGCAGCAGUAAUAGCAGCUUGUUGGAUCUUAUUUGCUGAUUUUGUGGCUGCAGGUGUGCCACAUCAUUGGCCAGGUGUAGGAUUGUUUCUGCAAAAUGUGUUUAUCUUCUUGGGUUCGCUCACAUAUAAAUUUGGACGAUCUGAGGAUCAAUGGGGUUAAUAGAGACGUACCAUUGAUUGAAAAUAUUUUUUACUACUAUAGGAUCAAAUUAAGCACAGCACGCGAAACUUGACUGAGAAAAAAAAUCUUAAAAUUAAUAUCCUGUACUGCUUCAAACAAAAUCUAAUUACAGUGUCGUCAAACUAUUGCUAUAAAUUAUAUAAUAAUUUUGUUUUAUAUUCAUUGAAAUUGAGAGUGAUUACAUGUAUGUAUGCGACUUAUGAUAAUCUAAAAAGUAAGAAGAUUAGAUUAUAGUGUCUUCUCUGUGUGAUAGCAUUAUAUGCUAGUUAUAUUCCACUAAUAUUAUCUCAACUAUAUCAGAUAAUUAUACACCUUUCAGUCUUUG